GGGACGGGACGGGGACAUGGCGGAGACCGGCUCCGUGCACGCCGCCAGGUUCGAGGCGGCCGUGAAGGUGAUCCAGAGCCUGCCAAAAAAUGGUUCAUUCCAGCCAACGAAUGAAAUGAUGCUCAAGUUCUAUAGCUUUUAUAAGCAAGCAACCCAAGGACCUUGUAACAUUCCACGACCUGGAUUUUGGGAUCCAAUUGGUAGAUAUAAAUGGGAUGCUUGGAGUGCCUUGGGAGACAUGUCCAAAGAAGAAGCCAUGAUAGCCUAUGUUGAAGAAAUGAAAAAGAUUCUUGAGAGUAUGCCAAUGACGGACAAAGUUGAAGAAUUACUACAAGUAAUAGGCCCAUUCUAUGAAAUAGUAGAAGAUAAAAAGAACAGAGGAUGUGACCUAACCUCAGUUCGAAUGGAGAAAGUCUCUAAGUAUUUGGAAGACCUUAGUAAUGUCAUGAAUUCCUCUCCAAAUAUAAAGGCUGUGAAUGGAAAAGCUGAAAGUAGUGAUAGCGGAGCAGAAUCAGAAGAAGAAGGGCUUCGUGAAGAGGAGGAAAAAGAACUGCAGCUAAAUGGAAAGGACUAUAAGAAUGUGAAACCAGAAUCAGCAGCUGCUAAGGAUUUGGAAAGUAUUGUUACUAAUGGCUGUUACAAGGACAGCUUUGUCCCAGAUAUGCAGAAUGGCAUCCAGACUAAAUCUGCGCUGAAUGGCUUGAACCCGGAGGAAGAAAUAAAGAAAAUGGAACCAAGCCUAGAAAUAGUUAAUAACAGUGCUCACCAAGGUGCAAAUGAAGAGACUACUGAAGAGGUAUCAGCAACUCAGCACUUAACAAGCGAUUCAGAUAGUGAAGUUUAUUGUGACUCUAUGGAGCAACUUGGAUUGGAAGAGCCCUUGGAGAUCAUCGCAUCAGCUAAAGGAUCUUUAAAGCAUUCACCCCAUUUCUUGGAUGUAAAUCACAGUAUUCUGUUAGAAAAUACGGAUUUUCCAAGGCGUGCUUGCAUGACUUACGUGAAUCUCCAACCUGGAAAUACUGUAGAGGGAGCAGGUCAAGAACAAGGCGAAGUCAAGUGUGGAGGAGAAGAUGGCAAAGCCAGUAAUGGGGGCCCUCACAAGGAGAAGAAAGGUGGAGAAAAAGCGGAUUUCUACAGUGUCAGAAGAGGCAGAGGGCAUAGACUUCAGCCUCUAGGAGAUGGUUCACAAGGUGGACAGAUGGGUAGUGGAGGGGAUGGAGAGCGCUGGGGAUCAGACAGAGGACCCAGGGGUACCCUCAAUGAACAGAUAGCAGUGGUGCUGAUGCGGUUGCAAGAAGACAUGCAGAAUGUCCUUCAGAGGUUGCAUAUGCUGGAGGCGGUUACAGCAUCACAGGCAAAAUUUGCAACACUACAGUCAAAUUAUCAGCCUGCAUCCUCUGUCAAGAAACCAUCGUGGUGGCCCUUUGAAAUUUCUCCUGGUAUUUUAGCUUUUGCUAUUGUAUGGCCAUUUAUUGCCCAGUGGUUGGUACAUGUGUAUCUUCAAAGAAAGCGAAGAAAACUGAACUGAGAAUGCAUGACUUUGCUUAAAGACUGCUAGGAGAAGAUGGCCCUGGAAAGCGAAGGAAUUCUGAAUUCUCAUAAAUCUCAGAAUCUGGGAUGAUGUUCCUUCUGUUAUAGUAAUAUUUUGUACUACCUUUGAGCUAAACAUUUAAGGACUAAUAUUAUUGAAACUUGAAUGAUUCACAGCUCCUAGGUUACAAAUAAAAUAAAUUUAAUAAUUCCAUCCUCAAAACCACAUGAACAUUAAUUAUUUCAGAAUGUGCUUGUGGAUGGGUCUUCAGUAAUUACUGGUCUUGCUGAUGUCAGAUGAUGAGCAGAAUAUCAUCUUUGUAAAAGAAUAAGUGAAAAAUAUGUAAAACUGUCACUUUAAUUUAGAAAUAAUUUUACAGUCACAACAUCCCUGCCUGUUUUUCCACAGGGUUACAUAUUAUCAGAUGAAAGCACUAAUAAAGUAUGAAUUCAAUACAUUGUAAGCUGUUGGAAAAAUACAGUAUAGCUCUGAGGAAUUUAACUGGUUAUUUUUGCUGCUAAACAAGUGUGGGGCAAAUUUCCAUGUAAAUUGGUUAGAAAUGAAGUUGAAUCCUUCACUUAUCCUUUAAGAUUGUAAAGGAGAUCUGGGAAUUGAUAUAUGUCUUGAAAGUUAGAGCCCUUAAUAACAGAGGGACUGUCAAAUGUAAGUUUGGAAACUGUGUGGUACAAGGGAUCCAUCUAAAGAGGCUGCACUUUAUAUUUUUAACUUUGAUAAUUGUAUUCUUGUUGACAACAGCUUGUUUUAACUGAAAUACAUAGUUUAGGCACAAGGUGGUUUAAAAUGAGAUGAAAGUUAGCUCUGUAAGUACCCCUCAGAUUUUAAAAAGCUCAGUGCACUCUAAGUUUUCUGUUGUCAGUUUAUGUCAAAUUAAAAUAAGAUUUAAUCUAGCCCUAAUCUGUUGUGGGCUUUUCCCAAGUCAUAUUGUGAAAAAUGUCAGUUCUGGUAUUUUUUUCUCUCUUACCCUUCUACUUCCUUUCAAAACAAAACUUCUCAGCUAAUUUUGGUGCCGAUUCUUUUUUUUCCCCAAGCAUUUAUUAACCAAUAUACAGAUAGAGUUACAACCUUGUACAGUUUGCUUGAUUUAUACUUAACAUAUAUUUAUUUUAAAAUUAUCUAAAUCUCUGGACAAAGAAUUGCACUAAAAUUAGAUUUGACAGAAAACUAAGACAUUCAUUUGCUAUAAAGAAUUACAUCAUAACAUAACCUGUGUUUAAGAUCUGAAUCUUCAGAAAUUUUACCAUAUUAUUGAUGUGCUUUUGUUUUCUACCUGGACUACAUAUUACAAAUAAUUUUUGAGGAAAGUCCUUUUUUGUGCUUCCUGAAAAUCUUUUAUAGUUUGGAAAACAUUUUUCAUACAAGCUAUACUGUAUAAAAAUGUAAUCACAAAUUUAAUGUUUGUUUUACCAGAGCAAUUUUAAUCUUGCUUUUAGUUAAGUGAGGGUUUUUUUUUAAGAGUUACUUUUCCCCUUGUCUGAUUUUCUUAUUGUAAAGCUGAAUUAAAAAAUAAAAUUAUCAUCAGAACCUUGUUGAAGACUGCUUUAACAAUCAGCUGGUUUCAUGUGCCAGAGAUGAGUUUUGGCAUGAGAUGUAGUGAAAACUCAGGUUUGAACAAAGCUUAUGCUGGAAGGGAAGUGCUGCUGUGACCUGAAGCCAUUGUGCCUGUAGCUUCAAGUUCCUAGAGUGAUUGAUUUCUUAUUGUGAAAUGAUAGAAAUGAUUAUACAGGAAGGAUACUCUAGCUUGAAGGUCACUUUAAAAAAGACCAACAACCUCCUCAAGCAGCAUGUCUUCUGACAGGAUGUAGCACCCUGGAGUGCCUCCUCCCCCAGUUCAUACCCAUGUUACAUGUAGUUGACUAGCUUCUAGAGAUGGUGCAGACAUUCUCAAAGGUACUUAACUGUUAACUUCCUACUGAAAUAA